AUGCGUCUAGAGGAAGCCGCGGAAGCAGUGGGUAUUGUGACCGUAGGAUGGCGAGUCCUAGCUUCCGAUUGCGAGGUAGUCUUUUCAGGUUUCUUUGGCUCGGAGACAUCCCCAAGUGGAUCAAGGUCGACAUCAAGGGCAAUUCAAGGCCUCGAGCUGCGAUUCUGUCAUCGUGGGGAAACAAAGAUAUGGAAAUUCAAUUCAAAUGAGAAUGUGCACAUGCACUUGCUGGAAGAAAGAAAGACUACACUUACAAAACACCAUUGCAAGGAGCAUGUCAUCAUACGUCGUCCCACUGUCUGGUGCACAGUGACUGGUGAAGUCAUCUCCAUGUAUCAUCCCGAGAUUGCCUACCAUCCUCAGCUGCCACCUUCAUACGUUGCUACUCAUCCGGGUGUGAUCACACCUCUCCAGACCCCAACUCAUGAGCCCCUGUCAUCUGUCUCAACAUCCUCUCCCAUGUCUCCUAUGACGCCUUUGACUCCUAUGGCUCCUCCUCCUACCUUAAGUGCUACGGAUCUGAUCCGUAUUGAUGAGUCUAACCUUCUUCCUCCUCUUCAUCGUCAUUCAUACCAUUCGCGCCCAUACUCACACCCUCCCAAUGACUUUCUGAACAUUUUGCGGUUUAUUUGGAAAAGUUUAUUUGCCAUUGAUCCUGUUUGA